AAGUUCAGAACGCCCGUGCUCGCGCACGCACCCACUUUCGGUAAAUCAAAUCCCAAGUGGAAUUUCCUACCCAUCGCCAGUCGCCACAACGGAGUAGCAGGAGAAUCGACUGGGGGCAUAAAACACGCGGGGGGCACAAAUGGUGGGCUUCCUCCGGGCCUUGACCGCCGCCUCCGCUGUGCCCGCAGCAGCCGCCGUCGCAGCCGUCGCGCUCUCCACCUCCUCCUCCUCCUGCCCCUCCCCCUCCCACACCUCCAGACUUCGGUUCCCCUCGCCCGCCGCGCUCCCCUCCCUCUCCUACGCGUACGCCGCUGCCUCGGCCUCCACCCGCACGCCGAACGCCGUGCCUCCGAUGGCCGCCGCCGCCGCCACGGCCGAUCUAUCUGCCACCGAUAAGGGUAGCGCGCUUCCGGAGCUCAUGACUGAAUUCAUGGUGGAUAUGAAAUGUGAAGGUUGUGUGACAGCAGUGAAAAACAAGCUUCAAACUCUUGAAGGAAUUAAAAACAUUGAGGUGGACCUGAAUAACCAAGUUGUUAGAGUUCUUGGGUCUCUCCCAGUGAAGACUAUGUUAGAUGCUUUGCAUCAAACAGGUCGAGAUGCUCGUCUGAUUGGGCAAGGGAACCCAAAUGAUUUUUUAGUAUCUGCUGCUGUAGCUGAGUUCAAAGGACCUGUUAUAUUUGGUGUUGUUCGUCUGGCUCAAGUUAAUAUGGAAUUGGCUAGAGUUGAAGCCACUUUUAGUGGUCUAUCACCUGGUAAACAUGGAUGGUCAAUAAAUGAGUUUGGGGAUCUGACAAGGGGUGCAGAAAGUACUGGCAAAGUCUAUAGUCCAUCGGAUUAUAGAUCCAAUAAGCCUCUUGGUGACCUGGGAACACUAGAAGCUGGAGAGAACGGUGAAGCCCAGUUUUCAGCUUCAAAAGAGAAAUUGAAAGUUGUUGACUUGAUUGGUCGCUCUAUUGCACUGUAUGCCACUGAGGAUAGAUCAGAUCCUGGAAUUGCAGCAGCCGUGAUUGCAAGAAGCGCUGGGGUUGGCGAGAACUACAAGAAGCUGUGCACAUGUGAUGGUGUCACCAUCUGGGAAUCAAGCUAACUUGUGUUACUAGUGAGUUUUCCAUACUACUGUUUGCUCCAAUGUGUGGUACACGAAGUAAUGUAGAAACAACCAAACUACUGAACAAUUGGAAUAAGCAUGGGAUACACUGAGGAAUAAAGCUUGUUUUGGUGUGGA